AUGACCAACAAAUCAGUUGUUGUUUCCGCUCCAACUGGUUCAGGAAAAACUGUGAUUUUCGAGCUGGCAAUUGUCAAGAAGUUGGAUGAAUGCGAAAAGUCAUCUCAAAAGGAUUCUUUCAUCAUAAUUUACAAUUCUCUGUUGAACGGUGUUGCAUAUCAUCAUGCUGGAAUGGAUGUAGAAGAUAGAAAACUUGUUGAAGAUGCCUUUAGAUCAGGCUGCAUCUCUGUCUUAACCUGCACGUCUACUUUAGCAUUGGGUGUUAAUUUGCCAGCUCACUUGGUUAUUAUAAAGAACACUGAACAGUUGGUUGAUGGUGAAUUAGUCGGGUAUAGUUCAACACAAUUAUCACAGAUGGUUGGAAGAGCAGGACGUCCACAGUUUGAUGAUGAAGCGAUUGCAGUUAUUAUGACUACAACUAAUCUAAAAGCUCAUUAUACAAAGCUACUAAAUGAAUGUGAUGAAAUUAACAGUUGCUUAGAACCACGUUUAACGGAACAUUUACUAUGUGAAAUUAUUUUAAAAACAGUUCAAGAUUUUUGCGGUAUUUUACAGUGGAUUAAAAACACAUUUUUCUACGUUCGAUUAAACAAAUGUCCUCAACUUUACGAUCUUUGUAUGAAAGAAAUUAAAAAUUUACAAAAUUUAAAAUUAAUAGACUAUAAUUCAGAAAAUAAUCAAAUUAAUCCUACAGAUUUAGGUGAAAUAAUAUUUAAAAAUAAUCUACACUUAGAUACCCUGAUGAAAAUGUUUCAUUUAUCAGGUGAAGAAUCAAUUGAAGAAUUGCUUUAUUUCAUCGCCAGUUGCUCAGAAAUGAAUGAUAUCCGCCUGAGGCAUUGUGAAAAGGCACUGCUAAAUGGCAUAAGUAGAGCCAAAGGUCGAUCAAGUCUUAGAUUCCCAAUUCAUGCGAGAAUUAAAAAUGCUUCUUUAAAAGUUGUCUGUCUACUACAAGCCCAGCUAGGUCAAGUUACAAUAAAUGACUAUUCAUUGAAACAAGAAAGUGAGAAAAUAUUACAAUCAGCUUUGCGCAUUUUAAACAGUCUGACUAGUUUGUUAUGGCUUUUUGAUUGUCCAUCAAAUGUGAAUUUGGAAAAUCAUGAACAAAAGUUAAAUAACUCAACAAUUCCCAUAGUCUCAAUGAAAUAUUCAUCUAUGUUGAGUACAUUAGAAUUACGUAAAUCUAUUAAUUUUCGACGUUGGUUAAAUUGUCCCCUGAUAAAUUUAUAUGGUUCUUCUUUAUUGACUGAAACUCAAAUUGAAAAAUUAAUUGAAGCUAAUUUACUAACUUGUAAUGCUUUACAACAAACUGAAUGUAGACAAUUGGAAAAUAUUCUGAAUGAGCAACCACCGUUUGGAAGAAAACUACUUGAAUUCUUAGAUAGCAUUCCUAAAUAUGAAUUAGAAGUAGAACAAAAACCCAGUUACGAUUCAACAUACAUUGAAUUGAUAUUUACUAUCAGUCAAAAGAAUCAAUGUAGAGAUAGUGCAGUUUUAUUGGUUGGAAGUGCCAAGAAAUAUUUAGUUGGAAAGUGGUUACUGGAGUAUAAUAACUCUGAAGAAAUUAGCGUUAUUACAAAACAACUAGAACUUCCAAAUGAUGAAUCGUUGAAUCCAUUACGUAUAAGCUUAAUAAGUGUAAAUUAUGGUGGUGUAGAUCUCCAUACGAAAUAUCAUUUUGUUUCCCUAUCAAAUAGAUUUGGUAGGCGAACUUCUACACCAUACACACCAAGUGGGAAUUUAAUUCAAAAAGAAUUAUCUAUCGGUUACACAGAACUGAUCACACAACAAAAUCAAUCAGUAACAGGAAAUGUUGACAACAGCAAUAAUAUGUUAAAUUUAUGGCCAGAGCCUACUUUAUCCAUGAAUAACAUAAACAGAGCAAGCGAUAUUGAUAAUAACAAUAAUAAUGACAGUACUUUACUAAAUUUAAAACUACCUUUAACUCCAAUUGUCAAUAAAGUAAAACAAUCAAAUAAACAAAAUUUGAAAUUAAAUAAAAAAUAUAGAAUGAAUAAUCAAACUGUACAAAAUCAAACAAAAAUACAUUACAAAUCACCUUUGACAUUCACAUGGACACCAACAAAUGAUAUGAAUGAACAACAAUCAUCUAAAACUCCUUUAAUACAAACAUCUAUGCUUGAUUAUAUGCAGAUGAAAUAUAAAGAUUCAGCAUCAACUCUUUUAACAGACAAACAGACAACUAAAGUAGAGAAUCAUUCUUUGUCAAAUUCAUCUAAUCAUGAUGAACCUUCAGUUCAAAAAAUGAGUCGUAAACGAUUUAAAUGGACUCCAGAAGAUAAAAGUACAAUGGAUCCAGAUUUAAGUCAGAGUUCAACGUUCAGUUUUACAUCUGUAUUAGAUGAAUACAGUGAUACAAAUGAAACACCAACGAUUCCUCAUAUAUUGAUCAAGGAUAAUACACCUGAAUUAUUCUCCAUACAGAAAUCAUUUAUUAAAAAUGAUCCCCUUUGUGCGUCAUGUCCACCUAUAUGCAAUGGAUCUUCAAAAUUAGGAUACUUAACUAUGAAUUCAGUAAAUUUGAAACCGAUGCAAAAUCAAAAUUCAUCAUUUUAUUCUAAUACUGAAGAAGAAACUCAAUUAAGAUCAGACUGUUCAACCAAAUCUCAAUGCCUAAGUAAUAACUAUGACAUAAAUCAGGUCAGAGAUGAUGAGGAGUCAGUUUAUUAUGAAAAGGAACAAUUCUCGACGCCGAUAAAUAUGAUGCAGUACACAUCAGAUCAUAUGAAACUUACAACGAAAGCACAUGUCAAUGAAUAUAAUACUGUUUUAUUAACUGAUCUAUCAAAAUCUAAUUUCCCAGUUAGACCAUAUACAAUAGAUAUUGCAAAUUGUACUCCUCAUCAAGAAAAAAAUUCCACUACUUACAUGACAGAAGUAGAAUCAAAUUAUAAUAAUACUAGAAAUUUAACACUUAACAAUUUGAAUGAACCAAUAUUCAAUAAACCAAAAGAUUCUAAAGUUUUAAAAUCAGUUCAAUUGAAUGAAUUGAAAAAGAGGAAUGAAUGUACUACUACACAAUUACAAAAUAAAAUAACUUGGUCAAAAGAUAUCACAAUCAAUAAUUCCACACAGAAAAAGCCAGAAAGUCAAUGGAAGACAGGAAAAGAUAACAUAUUAAAUGAAUCAGAAAAACCAUUCUCAAUCGAUUAUCAAUUAAUUAAUGAAGGAUGGUGUGAAUUAGCAUGUUUAAUCAAAAUGGCUGAAUUAGGUCUACUUCAGGAACAAAUGAAACACGAUACUAUACACACAGUGACAGAAACGCCUAAACCUUCUUGCUCCAAAAAGCAACAAAACUAUGGAAGAGAGGAAAAGCGUACAUACAAUACAAACAGUGCACCAACUACAUUAGAUCUUAAACAACACUCUGGAAUUGAAAUGUUGGAUUUAUCGCUCAAUUCUGAUUCAUACACUAAAGAAGAGUAAUCUAUACAAAAUAAUUCAAUAACCAAAAU